AUGAUUGUGUAUAAGAUUCUGUUUCAUCACAGUAAUUGCGUGUUUUCAUGUCAGACUUUAACACAUCUUAAGCUUUCUAUUUACCUCUGUCAAGGUUAUGAAACACAGUUCCCAAAAUCUAUUAAUUUGCCGUCAUUAACCAACUUGCAACUAGAGAAUUUUGUGUUUUGUGUUGGCUAUAAUGACCGGGCUGAGCCAUUUUCAAUCUUUAACGGGUUGAGUAGUUUGCUUAUUUCCAAUUGUAAAGUGUUGCAUGGAGAUACUCUUUGCGUAUCAAGUACGACACUUGUUAAUUUAACUGUAUAUAAUCACUUCUACAGCUACUACAAAUUUGAUCUAUGUACUCCAAGUCUUUGUACGUUUGUUUUUUCCGGUACUCCUUUUCAGAAACUCUCUGCAAACAAUGUUUCUUCUCUUAAACAUGUAGAGAUUCAUGCAGAAAUAAUUUCAUUUUCGGAGGAUCCUUCUAGGUUUCUAUUCAAUUGGCUGCAAGAGUUUGCUAAUAUGAAAUCGUUGAAGGUCUCCACCAAUACUCUUCAGGUUCUUUCCUUAUCUCCUAGUCUGUUGAACUAUAAUCUACUUUCCUUGGGUAACUUGAAGUCAUUGAAAGUGGUAAUGGAACCACUUCUGUAUAAAAUUCGCAUGGCACUGUGUGAAUUCAAGUUACAGAAAGUUAAGUCAAAGACGAAAAGAUUUUGUAGAAGGAUUGGAACCAUCUUCACUCAUACCUGAUGGAAUAUUGGACUUCUUGCUUCGAAAUUCGCCAUCAGCAGAAGUUGAUUUCGUAGAUUGCUCAACGCAAACUCUUAAAGCAAGAGAUUUAUAAUUGGUUUGUUUUUCGUUUCCUUCUCUGUUUCACCUUCCGUGAAUUCUGGUCUUAACUUGUCAUUAUUGGAUAAAUUACAAGUCUCUUGGGUAAACAAAUAAAUUUUACAUAAAUUGUAAGUUUGCAUCUUACGAACAAAGAAGUCCUUAUAUAAUUAUAGAUAUUCGUCGAGAAAGUUAAGUCAAAGGAGGGAGCUUAUGAAAUAUUUAAGAAAUUCAUUUUGA